AUGUCAGAUCAAGAAGAUCGACUAAUUUUCCUAUUGGCUGCAACACUCUCACCAGAUGAAUUAGAGGACAAGGUCUUCUUCAAUGCACCAGCGCUCUCUCCCGAUAGCAAUAAUACAUUUUAUGAAAUAGGGCAAGUUAGACGUCAAUUAGUGAUUGUUCAAUCCAUUGUUAUUGCUGGUCAAUCACGACAAGUGAAAAAAAUUAUGGCAUAUAAGCAAGUUUGGAUGCGUGCAUAUUACUAUGAACCAAUGCAACGACUUGCGAAUCGAUUUAGAGCAGAAAAACAACGUCAAGAAGCACUUAUGAGGUCAACGGCUUGCACUAUUUCUUAA